AUGCCAAGAGACCCGUUGAUAGGUAUUGUGGGGAAACCCUCCAGUGGGAAGUCUACAUUGUUGAAUUCACUGACCGAUGCGAAUGCUGCGGUUGGUGCGUUUCCGUUCUGUACAAUUGAACCAAACCAAGCCACUGGUUAUUUAGAGGUUGAUUGUGCUUGUUCUAGAUUUGGUAAGGAAUCCUUAUGCAAGCCUAACUAUGGAUGGUGUGAGAAAGGGAAACGUCAUGUCCCAAUCAUGUUGCUGGACGUUGCUGGUUUAGUUCCAGGUGCUCAUUCAGGUAGAGGUCUAGGGAACAAGUUUCUGGAUGAUUUAAGACAUGCCGAUGCCCUAAUCCAUGUUGUGGAUGUAAGUGGUACUACUGAUUCCGAGGGGAAGAAUACUAGAGGUUAUGAUCCCUUAAACGAUAUUGAAUGGUUGCAAGAUGAAAUUAGAUUAUGGAUUGAAGGGAAUUUGAAGAAAAGAUGGGGGUCUAUCGUUCGUAGACAUACUGCCACAAAAUCUAGCGUUGUAGAUACUUUACAGACUCAAUUUGGUGGGUAUUCGUCACAAGUAUGGAUGGUUCAAAAGGCUUUGGAUCGUCUAGGAAAUAUACCGCCUUUAGAACAAUGGGAUGAUGAAAUGAUUACUAAUGUUGUGAAGGCCUUUAUGAUGGAGAAAUUCCCUACAGUGCUCGCAUUGAAUAAGAUGGAUCAUGCAGAUGCCGAUAAGAAUGUAUCGAAGAUCAUGUUGAAAUAUCCUAACGUGAAGUCUGUAUUGACGAGUGCUCUAACAGAGAUCUUCUUAAGGAAACUAAAAAAACAAGGGUUUGUCCAUUACGAAGAAGGAACUGAGUUUAUAGAUACAUGUGAGGAUGAUCCCGAUAAUUUGAAACCAUUAGAUGAGAAAGUAUUGUCAAGGAUCGAAGACAUUAGAGACUUGGUACUAUAUAGAUUUGGCUCCACAGGUGUGGUCCAAGUGUUACAAGCUGCUGCAGAUAUCUUACAAUUGGUUCCGGUGUAUACAGUGAAGAACAUCCAAAGUUUCACAGGUGGAAAUGGUACUAAUGUAUUUAGAGAUUGUUUUCUAGUGAAAAAAGGGACGCCAGCUGGUACUGUGGCGAGAUAUAUUCUAGGAACAGAGGUAACAAUUGCUGCAAUUGAAACGGUAGGAGGAAUGAGAGUCUCUGAAGAUGCAUUAGUAGAUGUGAAACAGAACGAUAUAUUGUGUUUCAAAAUUGCUCCUCGUGCUAAGGCGUAA